GCAAAAUUUCUAGACAGUACGCUUUCCUCCGACAAGCAAACCUCAUGGCUCCGAAGAAAGGAAAGAAAAUUUCGCUGAAUGAAUUCCUAGGCGACAGCGCCCUGGGAUCAUGGGCGGACGAGAUGGACUCGCUGCCGUCUGCUCCCGCUGCAAGGAACGACGACGACUAUACUCGACCGGGAGACAGACACGGUCGACGUGAUGAUUUCCUAUCGUCGCGACCGGAUCGUGUCUCUGGACCUCCUCGCGAAGAUCUCCCACUCCCCGCUGCACCCCCAUACACGGCUUUCAUCGGGAAUCUGGCGUUUGAUUUGGUCGAAUCCGAAUUAGAGGAUUUCUUUGCUGCCAACAAGCCGAAAUCUGUCAAAAUUAUCAAAGACAGAGAUGACAAACCAAAAGGUUUCGGAUACGUCGAAUUCGAGGAUUUGGACGGUUUAAAAGAUGCUCUCUCGCGCAGCGGUUCUAAUUUCUCCGGCAGAACAAUUCGUGUUAGUGUUGCCGAACCACCUAAAGAACGUUCUGGCUUUGGUGGAGGAGACGAUGGAAAAUUUGACAAUCCGUGGCGACGGGAUGGGCCACUGCCUGACUUGCCGUCGCGAGACUCAUCGCGCCGUCGAUUCGAUGGACCGCGUAGCGACGAUAGGUUACCGAGUGUCUCCGAGAGCCCAAGCGACUGGCGUUCAAACAUGCCAUCACGCCCCGCCCAUUCUCAGGAUGAUGGACCCGUUAAGCGUAGAAAAGAUCUAGGAUUUGAGGGAUCAAGUGGUGCCGCUGAUCGGGAGGAUUCGUGGACGAUAGGAAGCAAAUUCAAACCAUCAGAAGACAGUAUCACUGGAAACCGGUUCGGUAGUGCCAGAGGUCGUGGGGACAUGGGCCCACCUCGCGAGCCCGUUGGCGAUGAUUUUGACUGGCGAAAGCCUAGGUCGCAGGGCAGGAGCAGCACCUCCCCUACAAACUCGACCCCACCUACACCGCAAAUGCGUCGCAAAUUAGAGCUUUUGCCACGCUCGGGCAGCGCUUCUGGUACUCCCAGCCCCUUAUCUUCACCGAAGAUUGGCCCCACAUCCUCUGUAUCGUCAUCUACCCGCUCUAACCCCUUCGGGGCGGCCAAACCGGUCGAUGUCUCUGGGCGUGAACAAGAGGUUAUUGAACGCCUCGAAAAGGACCGUGAGCACAAUCGUGAGCGACUGACAAUGUCGCGCACCAACUCACGGAAUGCAUCCGAACGUCCUCCCAUCAGCAGGAAAAGUACCCCACCGAUUUCGUCCACUCCUUCAUCUCCCCAGCCGUCUCAUGCGAUACCCAAACCAGCUGCCCCUUCGUCGAACGUACGUCCCUCCUUCAGUUUUGCCCAUGCGGCGGCCAAAAGGGACAAAAAAGGUCAAGAGUCAGACCCACCAAAAGAGGACGCUGAGGUCGAGACAGUUACGGCGCAGGUGGCGGAGAUAGAAGUUUGAAGCAUGCUUCUAUGUAGUCUUAUUGUGCGAGUACUUAUGCACUGUUAUUAUUGCUGUAUGGCAUGCACGAUCAACUAUGAUUGAUAGUUUUGUACGAUCUACG